ACCACGUCCCUUGCUCCUCCCAGCGCUCGAGGACGGACGGACCGCGGUGUUUUGGCCCGCGGGCGGAGCCGUAGCCAAAGUCUUCUCGGGGGUCCGCAACCGGAAGCCGGGUGUCCAGAAUCCUGGCUGGAGGUCCAAGAUGUCGGAGAAGGAAGGCGAGUCGAGCGGGGGCUCCCCGCAUGCCAGCGCGGUGACGGUCAGCGAUGUCCAGGAGCUGAUACGGCGCAAGGAGGAGAUCGAAGCGCAGAUCAAGGCCAAUUAUGGCGUGCUGGAGAGCCUAAAAGGUGUUGGGAUGAAUGAGCCGCUGGUGGACUGCGAGGGCUACCCCCGCUCAGACGUGGACCUGUACCAAGUUCGAACUGCCAGGCACAACAUCGUCUGCUUGCAGAACGAUCACAAGGCGGUGAUGAAGCAGGUGGAGGAGGCCCUGCACCAGCUGCACGCUCGGGACAAGGAGAAGCAGGCCCGGGACAUGGCCGAGGCCCAGGAAGAGGCCAUGAGCCAAAGCCCGGGCCAGAGCGAGGGCCUCAGCGCCCCUCAGGCCUUUGCCAAAGUGAACAGCAUCAGCCCCGGCUCCCCCGCGAGCAUCGCGGGUCUGCAAGUGGAUGAUGAGAUUGUGGAGUUUGGCUCCGUAAACACCCAAAACUUCCAGUCGCUGCAAAACAUUGGCACCGUGGUGCAGCACAGUGAGGGGAAGCCCCUGAAUGUGACAGUGAUCCGCAGAGGGGAGAAACACCGGCUUAGACUUGUCCCAACACGCUGGGCGGGGAAAGGACUGCUGGGCUGCAACAUUAUUCCUUUGCAAAGUUGAUUGUCCCUGAGGAACAGUAUCAGGAAAGCAUGUUCUGUGGCCCUAGACUUGUGUCUAGGGGGGGAUUUCUCCCUUCUCUUCUCUCCCUGGAGUUUUAGGACCUGGAAGCCUGAACUUCUAGGUGGUAGAAACGCCAUGGCCUCCGAGUGCUGGGAUUAAGGCAUUGUCAGAACUUGAUUUGUGCUUAGCAUCUUUCUGAGUUAGACCUUGGCCCCAAACGGGAAUCUCUGAUGGCAAGAGGGUGGGAGUUACUCCGACAGGUGCUGUCAUGACUUUAUUCUUUUAGGAAUUAUUUUCUCCAAAUAAACAGUUUUAUAGUACUGA